UUUGGGCGUAUCCUCAGGCUUCCAAUGUUUUCCUUUCAUUCUUUUGAAUAUUAAAAUAUUUUUUUUCAGUAAAUUUCUUAUUUUUUCAAGACUUCAUCUGACCUUUAAUCAUCAAAAAAAAAAAAGAAUAAUGAAUGAAGAUUAUUUACGUCGAUUUUUUCAACGUCCACCAAUUUCACCACAAAAAUAUUUAACUUCUAGAGGUUCUAUACAAACAACACCAACAAAAUAUAGACCUGAUGGAGGUGAUAGAUAUAUUCCUAUACGUGAAAGUGAACAAGAAUGGGCAUUUAAAUAUGCAUCAAUUUCAAGUCAUCCAUUGACUGAUGCUUCGAAUAAUAUUCCAGCAAGAAAACUUUUUGAUGAUCAUACAAAUGCUGCUUCAAAUACCCAAAGUAGUACUUCAUCUACAGCUCAACAACAACCAAAUCAACAAUUACCAAAUCAACAACAGCAACAACAACCUUCAUCUAAUUCAAUGAAUAAUAAUGGUAGUGUUGGUAAUAAUGGACCUAAUACUGGGGCACUUCCAUUGGAAGAAACUGGACAUGAUUCGGUUACUCAUCGGGCGUUGUUGAAGAAUGAAUUGUUGAAACAUUCAAUUAUUGAUGUUAGGAGUGAUUGUGACAGUACCGAUAGUGUCCAAAUUUUACAACGAAGUACACCUCAUUCUUUGUUCAAAUAUACACAUAAAGUGCCAAAUUCUGUUGGUGGUAGUUUGGCAAAUGCAGCUUCACCUUUAUUUUCAUCAAGUCCACUUUCUGCAGACAGUCAACGUUUAUUAAAAUCUCCAAGAAAACCACAACGAAAAGUUCCAAAAAAUCCAUAUAAAGUUUUGGAUGCUCCAGAACUUCAAGAUGACUUUUAUUUAAAUCUUGUUGAUUGGUCAAGUCAAAAUAUGUUAUCUGUUGGUUUAAAUACUUGUGUUUAUUUAUGGAGUGCUUGUAAUAGUCAAGUAAUUAAAUUAUGUGAUUUGGGCAAUGAAAAUAGUGAAUCUGUUACUUCUGUUCAAUGGUCUGAACGUGGAGAUUUAUUAGCUGUUGGAACUCAUAAAGGAAUUUUACAGGUUUUUUUGGGCCUUAAAAAAUUUUAUAAUUUUCCUAGCCCUUUGAAAUUUUUUGAAAAUUUUUCCAAGCCUUUUAAAAAUUUUUAA